AUGCACUUCCAAACAGUCACCACUGUUAUCCUCACGACUUUGUGCGCUGGUUCCCAAGUAUGGGAAGACAACACCAUGUGCCGCGCAAUCCCGGGGGUUCCUAACCUUGGGAUUUGUAUGAAGUUCGAUCAAAACAUGCCUGGUACCAAGUGCGAGGAGUUCAGGAACGGUGGUACCAGCAAAGGCGGUUGCACUUCCGGUUCACUGAUUCCUCAGUCCAUAACCCUGUUUGCUGGAAGAUGCGUUAUCUUUGACCAGCCUGGGUGCAAGGGCAGAUAUGCAGACAGUAAUGGUCCGGUCUCAGGCUCGUGUUCCGAAUUGUAUCGCUACGACUGGGGUUCUAUUCGUUCUUUCUGGUGCUCGGGAUAUAGACAACAGACAGAAUGCACUACUGCAGGUGAAACAGGGUGA